AGUGCUUCAAGAUGUUCCCUACAAUGUACUGUAUUCCUUUAAAAAUGACAGUGACCUGAUGAGACCUGAAGAUCUGAAAAUCAGCCACGAUUUUGACAUUCUGUACGAGGACAAGAUGACAGAUGAAUGCAUCACAAUAGAGUCGGACCUCAGUGAGUUAGAUGAGGACAUGGAAGAACUGUCAGCACCUGAGUUUACGUGUCACUGUUGCUAUGAUGUCCUUGUAGAUCCUACUACACUUAACUGUGGCCAUAGUUUCUGUCGCCAUUGUCUGGCAGAAUGGUUACAUUCCUCUCGACGGAACGAGUGUCCAGAAUGCAGAGAGAGAUGGCAGGGCUUUCCCAGAAUCAACAUCCUCCUUCGGGAUGCAGUGGAGAAGACGUUUCCAGCUAAGAUAAGCAGACGGAGGAGGGUUCUCCAGCGUAACCAGCGGUUCCAUUAUUUUCUCCAGAUAUUCCAACAGUAUGGGCAGGUACUGAAGCAACAAAUUCCUGUAUCAGAAGGCCUACAGCAAGCUAUACUAAACAGCUUUUGUUCUGGAGUCAUGAUGGCAUUGAUCUGCAUGGGGGUUAUAUUGUUGCGAUAUCACUGGAUCAGUGCUGAUUCUAAUUAUGACAUCUUGGUCCAGAAGCCAAUCAACAGGUGGAAACCCCAUGAUGUCAUUCUGUGGGUGGAGCAUCUGGGUCCCUGGACCAAUCAGUACAGAGAAAUGUUCCACAGAGCACAAAUUAAUGGCAGUUUGUUGGCUCAUCUCAGAGACGAAGAACUGUCUGCUGCUCCAUUCAAUGUUAAGAAUCCAUCACACAGACAGGUCAUACUGGAGGAAAUCCAGAAAAUCAAAGAGCUCAAAGUCAAACUACCACAAACCCUCUGGGAGUACAAGGCUGCAAAUUUAGGAAAAUCACUGUUUCUCCAGUUUGGUCUGAGAGAAUUUCCACGUCUCACUUUUCUCUACUUGUACCUGUUUGAUUAUGAAGACACCUUUCUACCCUUCAUACACACCUGCUGUCCUGCACACAUAACUAAUGCAAUGCAGGAUAUCCCACCUGACAACAUACUGCAGGAGCCAAGCCAACUUCAGUGGGUGAAGUUUCAUGUGAAGGUUUUUCUGACGCCCUAUGUGCUACUGAUUGACUUUGCUUGGCAAUGGCUGAGCGUUCAUUACUGGAUAUCAUGGAUUGUCAUUGGUAAUGCCAUGAAUCUCAUCCCCUCAAAAACCUAA